AUUUAAUAAAAAGUCUGCAAUAAAAAUACAACAAAGGGAAAUUGAUAUAAAUAAAAAAGAAGAAAUAGAAACGAUACGAAUCAGAGAAGAAUAUGAAGACAAAAUAGAUAAUUUGAUAUCAAGUUUGAAAAAGUAUAAAAUCAAAAAUUUAGAAAGUCUUGAAAAUAAUGAAAAAGAUUUAAAGAAUAUUCUUAAUAUGAGAACAGAUGAAUUAGAUGAGUGUAAUAAAAAUUCUGAAAAAAUAAAAAAUGAUAUUGAACAACUUACAAAUAUUAAUAAUGAAUUAAAACGUGAAAUGGAAAAUAAAGAUACAUCUAUUGCUAAACUUUCUAUCGAAAUAAAAGAUCUAGUUGAAUUAGUAGAAUCGUAUAAAAGAGAAAAUAUGGAAUUGAUUGAGAAAUUAAAAGGUAUGAAGAUAAAUGAAACAAAUGUAAAUAUUAUGAUCAAUAAAAAAAUGGAUGAAUUGACGGAGAAUAAUAAAUAUAUAGAAAAAAUGAAUACUGAGAUGGAACAUUUAACGAAAACUUGUAACAAACUUACUUGUGAAAUUGAAAAUAAAGAUGCACACAUUUUAGAAGUUACCAAUUUGUUACCAAACAAAUCUGACAUGUUGUACGAAUAUAAAAUAAAGUUAGACAGUAUUACACCGGAAUAUGAUAUUUUAAAGAAACAACUUGAGGAAGAAAAAUUAAAUGUACACAAAUAUAAAUCAGAAUUGGAAAGUUUAAAAAUAAACAGUGAAACACAUUUGGAAAAUUUGAAGGAAACAUUAAAUUUAAAAAUAAUGAAAUAUGAAGAAUUAAAUAAACAAUUUACAGAAUGGAAAAAUCAAGAUGUUAUUUUACUUACAGAAUUGGAUUCAUUGAAAGAACAAUAUACUCAAUUAGAAGAAAAAAAUAUGAAAUUGGAACAAAAACUUCGAAACAGUAAUAGUAGAAUUAAAUUAGAAACGGAUAUGGAAGUAUUACUCGAACAGAACAAAGCUUUACAAAAUAAUUUAGAUGGAGCUUACAAUUGUAUAGCAGAAUUGAAGGAUAAGAAAAAACAUUUGUUGGAAGAAUAUUUAAGUACAAAGGAACGAUAUGAAUCUUUGCUCGAAAAAAAUAAAAAAAUGAUAAAAGAAAUAUUGUUGGAUAAAGAGAAAGAUUUAAAAUAUAUAAAUGAUGAUCAAUGUGACGAAUUGAAAGGUAAAAAUCAACAAUUAGAGGAAGAAAACAAAACAUUGAAAAAAAAUAAUGAAGACUUAAAUGAAGAAAUAGAGGUAUUAAUAAAAGAAAACGAUUUUUUGACGGAAAAGGUAUAUUCGUAUUUUGGUGAUGAUAAUCCUAAAAAGUUAAAUAGACUGAAAUAGAUACUUUAAAGAAAGAAAAUUAAAAGUUACAAGACAAACUUACAAAAUGUAGUAAUUGUGGAAUACUUCUAUCAAAAGAUCAGUUGAAAUGUAACGAAGAUAACAAUAAUGAUAAACUUGCAAAUUUGAAGAAACAAAUAAAAGAGUUAGAAGUCGAAUUGGUACCUAAAAAUGGAAGGAUUGCUACGUUACAAUUACAAAUACAAGAAGGAAGUUUUCCAUAUCAGGAAAAGUGUAGACUUGGAAGAAAAUUUUUUGGCAUUUAAAAAUAAGUGAAAUAAAGAAACUUAGACAUGCUAUGUGUGAAAUUAAUAUGAAAGAAUGUUACAAGAGUAAAAAUCAAUUUAUUAAUAAAAAAAGUCAAUACGUUCAAACUAUACCAAUCAGUAAAAUACAAUUUUGUAGAACUAGUAGCGGUAUUGUUGAGAAACACGUACAAAUAGAAAAAUUA